AUGCGGCCCCUCACCACGCUCCUGGCGCUCCCGUUGGCGCUGUUGCCUUCGCUCGCCCUUGCGCAGGAUCUCGAAGUCCAAGUCACGAAACCGGCCGAAUGUACGCGCAAGACUCAAAAGGGCGACACCGUGUCUAUGAUGUACAAGGGCACGCUGCAGAGCGAUGGCAGCAAGUUCGACUCGAGCUAUGACCGAGGGACGCCAUUCAGCUUCACGAUUGGCAAGGGCCAGGUCAUCAAAGGCUGGGAUCAGGGAUUGUUAGAUAUGUGUAUAGGAGAAGGAAGGAAGUUGACUAUCCCACCCAAUCUGGCCUACGGAAACCGCGCUAUGGGCACCAAGAUUCCUGCGGGAUCGACGUUGAUUUUUGAGACGGAGCUCAUGGGCAUCGAUGGUGUAGAGGCGGAACCCGCGAAGCCUGUUGAACCUGCGCCACCUGCUCCCGCGAAAUCAACGACUGCCGUUACGGAUGAUAACGUCAACUCCAACGACGAAGAAGCCACGCCCGAAAAUGUCGCGAGACCUACCUCCACACAGUCAUCCGAAGCCGUGCCUGCAGAGGCCAAGCCUGAGAAGACUGCAGCACCUGCUGCUGAGCCUAGUAAAAUCGCCGAAGCGCAAGGAAGCCCAACAGAUGGCGAGAGUGGCAAGGGCGAGUGCAAUCUCCUUGGGAACUUUGCCUUGCUUGUGCAGGGUGCUCUCGGACUUCUCGCAGUAUCCUCUCUCGCAGUCAAGAGACUGAGAGAGUCUCCACGAAGGCCGAUGAAGAUCUGGUUCUUCGAUGUGUCCAAGCAGGUUUUCGGCUCUGUUCUGUUACAUCUGGCAAACGUCCUAAUGUCCAUGUUGUCUUCCGGUAAAUUCGACGUAGCAGCGACGACAAGCGCGACCACGCAAUAUGCUGGAACGAACGAAGAAGGUGAUCAACCGAACCCAUGUUCAUUCUACCUCCUUAACCUAGCUAUUGAUACCACCAUUGGUAUCCCCAUCCUCGUACUCCUCCUCAAGAUCCUCCACGCUGCAUUCGCCAAAACGCCGCUUGCCAACCCCCCAGAAUCCAUUCGUAGUGGCAACUACGGCCAGCCCCCACGCGCAACCUGGUGGCUCAAGCAGUCCAUAAUUUACUUCCUCGGCCUCAUCGGCAUGAAACUCUGCGUCCUUGCCAUCUUCGCUUUCCUGCCCUGGAUCGCAUGGGUAGGAGACUGGGCACUCCGCUGGACCGAAGGAAACACGGCGCUACAAAUCACUUUCGUCAUGUUCAUCUUCCCCUUGAUUAUGAAUGCGCUGCAGUACUGGAUCAUCGAUAGCUUUAUCAAGGAUCCUGAGCAUGGAAGUGGCAGUGGAAGUGAGGGCAGAUACGGUGUUGUUGGCGAUGAGGACAGUGAGGAUGAGGAUGAUGAGGAGUGGUUGGAAAGGCAGAGAAUGAGGCGUGAGGCGGGUAUUGAUGGCGAGGAUAGCGAUGUUGAGGCUGCUGAGGGCGACCCGUUGAAGGAGGCUAAUCCUACUGUGCUGCCCGCGAGGAGUCGUACUUUGAAAACCGGCGGCGAGUAUGAUCCUGCGACUGAUGGUUCCAGUGGCAGCAUUAAGACGAGGACGGAGUAG